UCGAUCGAACAUCGAGGCUUUCUUUCUCUACCGUCAGCUUUAAAUAAAAUUCAGAAGCGCGUAAAACACGCGCGUGGUAACUCAGAACUAGCCUCGGCAAAACAAAAACCAGCAACUUACUCACUCGCCUCGGCUGAGUAGACAUCACCUGCAACCGAGUUUCUCUCGCCUCACUGUUCUGAAACCCUAGAAUAUCCGAUCGGAUCCCUCACUCUAGACCUCCCAUCAAUCGAAAAUGCCAUACCCACAAUCUGGUAGGGGAGCCGGUGACUCCAAGGACAACACGGUGGCCAAGACCGCCGGCUUCAUUGUCUUCUCCGGCAUCGCGCUGAGUUUAGUCAAAUCCCUAAACCCUUUCAACAAAAACAAAAAUGAAACUCAGCAGCCACUCACUAAGCCAACUCAGCCGAUUCAGGCUCCAUCUCAGCCUUUCCCUCUCAUUCCCAAAGAGACAAAGCCUGUCGUGAAGAAACCAGUUACCUAUGAGGAACAAAAUGUGCCGAAUGCUCCAGAAUCCUCACAGAGAAGAGUAGAGAUUGUCAAAGGGGACACUCUCUGGGGACUCUCUCAAAAAUAUGGGGUAUCCGUUGAUGCGAUUAAAGAAGCCAAUGGAAUUACAGGGACUACCAUUUACGCUGGCAAGAAGCUCAUAAUUCCAUGAUGUAUUACUCUAGUUCCUCUGGUAUCUUGCCAGAAUGUUUUGAGUUGGGUUUCAAAAUUUACCAAGAAUGACCUCUUUCUUUCUUUCCUUCCUUUCUAAGUGUAACCGAGUUUUUGUUCACAUAGAUUAUUACAUUUGUUUCGAUUCAGGAGUGUAGGCGUAUUUGGAUCAUUUAAUAUUUAUGGUAUACACCAGGCAGCCCUUGUGAUUUUAUCCGUUACUUUUGAUUGUAAUUUUAUUACAUUUAUGUACCAUUAGUUAUAUAAACAAAGCAUUAUAGAUUUGUCUGGAGGCCAAGUCCGCCUCUCAAUGUUUCUU